AUGGCGUCCGCCGAGGGAAUCGAGUCAUCCACCAAACACGACAAAUUUGAGGAAAAGAGCAAAGAGAGGUUGCUAUCACGAAAAGGGUACUCCGAAUUCGGGUUCAACAACUCCCAAGACGGAGACGACGACGAUGAAGAAGGUGGCAACUCUAACGUCAAGUGUGGAUGCUUCCGAUCGCUUUCCGACGGGAUCGUCGGGUUUUUCAACGGGAUCCCUAGCGUAUUGGUCGACCUUUACAGGAUGGGGAAAUCUGAUCCGAGGAAGGUGUUCUUCGCCAUUAAAAUGGGUCUCUCUUUGGCCACUGUUUCGAUGCUUAUGAUCAUGAGAAGACAUUUGAACGACGCCAGCCAGUAUUCCAUUUGGGCGAUUAUCACUGUCGUGGUGGUCUUUGAGUUCACUGUGGGUGGCACGUUGAGCAAAGGAUUGAAUCGCGGCCUGGGCACAUUCUCAGCCGGGGCGCUUGCACUCGGAAACGCAGAGUUGUCCGUCUACUUUGGAAAGUAUCAAGAAGUGGCCAUAAUAGUCAGCAUAUUCAUCUCCGGGUUUUGCGCGAGUUACGCCAAACUCUACCCACCCAUAAAGCAGUACGAGUACGGAUUCCGGGUGUUCCUGCUGACAUACUGCAUAGUACUGGUAUCCGGGAUCGACUCGUCCUUCAUCCGAACCGCGAUCUUCCGGUUUCUCUUGAUCGGCGUCGGCGCCGGGGUCUGCUUGCUCGUCAACAUAUGCAUAUACCCGAUAUGGGCCGGCGAGGAUCUCCACAAGUUGGUGGUGAAGAACUUCAGGGGCGUGGCUGCUUCGUUGGAAGGUUGUGUGAAUGGUUACUUGCAGUGUUUGGAGUACGAGAGGAUCCCUUCCAAGAUCUUGAUAUACCAAGGCUCCGAUGAUCCCGUGUACAGUGGGUACAGAUCUGCAGUGCAAUCGACUAGUCAAGAGGAAGCAUUGCUAGGGUUUGCUAUAUGGGAGCCACCACAUGGUCGUUAUGGGUUCUUCUGUUAUCCGUGGCAAAACUAUGUGAAAGUAAGUGGAGCACUGAGGCAUUGUGCUUUCAUGGUCAUGGCUAUGCAUGGAUGCAUUCUUUCUGAAAUUCAGGCACCACCAGAAAAAAGAAAAGUUUUUGCUGCCGAGCUACAAAGAGUAGGAAACGAAGGAGCCAAAGUGCUCCGCGAACUCGGAACAAAGCUAGAGAAAAUGGAGAAGCUGAGCCCCGGACCAGACCUACUCCUCCAAGUCCACGAGGCAGCAGAAGAGCUCCAAACCAAAGUGGAUCUCAAAUCCUACCUUCUGGUCAACUCGGAGAGCUGGGCCGGCGGGAAACAACAGCCCAAUAAGGAGUUCGAAAAUGAGGCCCAAGAUGGGAAAGACGAAGAAGGAGCCAUCCACUCCAUCAACGAUAGGAGCAGUAGCUUGCGUGAAUGGACGGCGUCGUGUGAGAGCAUCCAGCAGCCGCCGUUGUCGUGGCCGAGGAUCUCGUUUGUGGGCGGGCCCGUGCCGAAUUUGGAGCAAGAGUCCAAGGUUUACGAGAGUGCUAGCUCUCUGUCUUUGGCCACGUUUGCUUCUCUUUUGAUUGAGUUCGUGGCCAGGCUUCAGAACCUUGUGGACGAGUUUCAGGAGCUUGGUGAGAAGGCGAGGUUCAAGGACGUUGAAGAAGAGCAGUUUGGUGGGAAUGUGGCACGUCCUGGGUUCUGGACUAGGCUUAAAAGAUGCUUUGUGUUGUAGUACGUACGUUGUAAUAGUAUGAUAGUAUAUCUCAAGUAAUUGGGAUUUGGGGUGGUUUAUAUCUUUCCUAUUAAGUGGAGUAGUAGUGGUAGUUGAAAAGCAAUUAUAUUAAUGAACUUUAUACUUUAGUUC